GGCACGUGUGCAUGCUGUCAUACGAUCUAUUUGCGUUACAAGAGGCUUCAGAAGAGGAUAAGACUAUCCUGGCAGAAACAGUUUGAAGUUGUAAAGAACAUAUUAUCUGCAUAGAAAAUGCCUAGAGGAAGUCGCAGUGCCAGUCGUUCUUCGGCACCACCAACUAGCUCAUCCCCGGCCCAUCAUGCCCCGGCUGCUCCACCCCCGUCAGCCCUCGCCGCUCCUGCCGCGCCCCAAGGGCCCGGCCUCAUGGCCCAGAUGGCCACCACCGCAGCAGGGGUUGCAGUGGGCUCUGCCAUGGGCCACGUCAUGGGCAGUGCCCUCACAGGCGCCUUCAGUGGUGGCAGCAGCGCUGAAUCAGCCACACCCGCCGCCAGCACAUACCAGGAGGCCGCUCGACCUGUCUCCUCCCAGCCGGGCCCAUGCAUGUUUGAGGUGCGACAGUUCCUGAACUGCGCCACCACUCAGGCAGACCUCAGCUUGUGCGAGGGCUUCAAUGAGGCGCUCAAACAGUGCAAAGGCUCACAUGGUAUAACAUCACUGGUUUGAUCAAGGAUGUUAGGAGUCAAAACAAGACACUGUUUUCAGAUAAACACAUCAGAUGUGCCACUCGGUCAUGAAAUAAACUCUAUUCAACUCUCCACUGUAACAAGAAAGAAAUUAUGUUUGUUCACUGUUGAUAUGUCACGAAAUGUAUGAUUAUUUUUUUUUUUUUUUGGUAAUGUAUAUGAGAUUGUGAAAUAAAGAGCUGCUAUUUACUUUCUGCUGGAUUCCUCUGUUCAGCAUUUUUAUUGUCUGUCACGUUUAACAACCUAAAGGAUGGUUAAAUAGUUUGCUUGUCCAUCCUCAAAAUGACCCUUGGAAUGUGUGCUUCAGAUGAGAGAAAUUAAACAUGUAGGUAUCCAAGUGAGAAUAUUGAAAGAAGAGAAAUGCGUAAUGAAUCUUGUGUGCUCUGCUUUACUCUUUCGUGUAGAAAAAAUAUAUUCACUAUAUUGUCAAUUAAACUCUUAAUGAUCUGA